CUCGAGCGACUUACGCACAGUUUUCUCUACUUGUUAAUUCCUAGACCUAGAGCUCAUAUAAUGUCAAGCUUGAAACUUUGGCUCUUCGUUGUAGCUCUCUUCUUUUCUGUCUCCUGCUGCAUCUCAGAGGUGGAUCCGACUGAAAUCGUGGACAGAGCAUUGGAGUGUUUCAACAAGGAUUAUAUAUACAGGAGGUGUGACGAGGCUUACAGACUAUCAGAUAAGGGGCACUUGGAUGUCCCAAGAGAAAAAACCGACGCAUUCUGCGAGGGUCCCUGCCUGGCCGAAACAAGGCUCGUCCUCCGUUGUAUCAAUAACAUACUAAACCAUUUCACUUUCUACAAUCGGGCCACAAUUCGAGACAUUAGACACACACUGAAAGCUGGAUGUAGCUACAGUCAGGAUAGAGGAAAUUUUAAAGUGGAGGACUACAUGUACCAAGACAAAUCAUAUAAAGACAACUACCAAGACUACUACUAUAAAGACAACGGCGAUAAUGGGGGGGACAAUUCCGACGGCCAGUCCUACUUCAACCAUUAUUAUGAUUUCAGCGGUGCCGGUGCACACAAGCCGAUCCAACCCGGCUACUCGCGAUCGUAUUCGUAUGUGGCCAAUUUGGUGUUAGGGUUUGGGCUUCCUUUCUUCAUCUAAUGCUGCCUGCCAUUUCCACUACGUACCAGACCAGCUGCUGCUCAUUAUGCAAACAUCCAUCAAUAUAUGUAUACUUAGUUCUCUUGGUGAGAAAGAAUUAGAAGGCUACCUUACCUUAUAAUGUAUGUAUUCCAUAAAUAAGUAAUAAAAAUACA